CCGCCAAGGCGUUUGGCCGGCAUCUUGGUUUGGGAUUGGGGGGGGCCUUGGGCCCGACUCGCGUUCGCGUGCUCGCGUGUUUCUCAAGUCGAGUCCUGUUACAGCCUGACGUACUUGUUGUCUGAACGUGUUCCUACGAUCUGCCCCGCCAGUCGCCUUCUCGGCCACCGAGUCUUGCCACUGUCAAACUGAUCGUUGCGCCCCUCCAUCUACACAGCGCUCUUUGCUGGCCCCUGAUAGUUGUACCGCCGCGUCUUCGGCAUAAUGGAUGAACGGUUUCACUUCACCUUAUGAUGGUUGCUCUGGUUCUCCUCUGGUGUCACCGCUUCAUCGUGUUGUCUAGUUUCUGUCGUCGGCGAGAGCGUCGUCAUUCGUCGUCGCCAUCGUUUGCAAUCUGCAGAACUUUUUGGGGUCAAGCUUGAACCUUUUGCUACGCCCAAGCGGGACGGUGGGAAUGCUCCCAUGGAUUUUCCGCCGCCAGAUGCGGAUGAAUCGGAGGACAUGGUCCAUGCGUUGGGCGGGAGUGUCUCCUGUACGCAAGAGGUUCAUCAUAGCUGGCGCCAUGGCGUGCACGUUCACGUGCACCAUGCAGUAUAAGUUCAAGGAGUGCGUGGAGGUCGUUGGGAACCCGGCGCAGAUCACCUCGCCGGGCACGCUGUUCUGGCUGCGGGUGCUGUUCGGGCGCAUGCGCUCGCGCUGGUUCGGUGCCCUCACCGAGAUCCGGCUGCCCACGGGGCUCCGCGCUCCGCUGUUCCGGCUCUUCGCCUGGACGUACGCCGUGGACCUGGAGGAGGUCAGGUACCCUCUGGACUCCUUCAAGACGUUCAACGACUUCUUCUGCCGAGCUCUGAAGGAAGGCGCCCGGCCCAUCAGCGACUUGCCGGCCGGGCUGGUGAGCCCCGUGGAUGGGCGCGUCCUCGCCUCCGGCGUCAUCCGGAACGCGAACACGAGGGUAGAGCAGGUCAAGGGUGCCACGUAUUCCGUCCCCGCCUUCCUGGGGCUCGACCCGGUCGAGUUCAAGGCUGAGAAGUCCUUGAUCAGGUACGUGGUGCUUUAUCUCGCCCCUGGAGACUACCACAGGAUCCACGCCCCGUGCAGGGUCAAGUUCACGCAGGGCAGGCACUUCUGUGGAGAGCUAAUCCCUCUGAAGCAGAGCAUCCUCAAACAUGUCGACGACAUAUUCGCGGUGAACGAGCGUGUCGUGCUUUCUGGUGAGUGGGGGUUUGGGCAGAUGCAUCUCGUAGCAGUGGGCGCUGCGAACGUUGGCAACAUUUACCUCGAUUUCGACGAGAAGCUCAAGACGAACAGACUACGGGACAUUGCAGUACACUGCGGUGGUGACGUAUCCAAGAAGUUGUAUCCGCACGGGGUGGCCUUAGAAACUGGUGGCAACGUGGGAGGUUUCCGUUUAGGCUCUACAGUGGUCCUCGUCUUUGAUGCGCCAGAGUGUUUCCAGUGGAAGGUCAAUCUCGGCGAUAGUGUUCGAGUCGGUGAGGCCUUGGGUGAAGUGGUGACGCAGUAGGACAAUUUGUUGCACAUCUUCUCAGCCAGCACUAACCCAUUCGCGAUGGGGUCUCUAAGAGAGUGAUCCGCGUUCUCGCCACGAUUAGGUUUGGCCUCGUUUUCCGUUUCCUGGCUUACACGCGAGCAGUGCCGUCCUUAGCUCGGUGGGUAGUCUGUACCAUCACCAAUGAAUAUAAGUAACCAUCUCGUUCACCGCUUCCAGCAGCAUUAGCAGCAUCAUCC